AUGGCGUCCCAGCUCCGCGCCCUGCCGGCCUACGUGCUGGUCGUCGAGUACUUCCUGGGCGGGAUCCCGCGCCUCUCGCCGGUCCCGCUGCGCGCGCUGCACGAGCGGAUCCGCGACAAGUCGCGGCGGACGGCGCCGCACCUGCGCCCCGUGUUCCCGUUCCCGCCCCGGGGCGGAAGCGACGCUGACGUCAGGCACCAGAUGCGGUGCAUCGGCGCCCUCAUGGUCGCGACCGGCCUGCUCCUGGCGCUGCCCGCCACCAGGGGCAGCCCCGUCACCCUCGCCCUCGAGUGCUUCCUCACCGGCGCCGGCGCCUGGAGCCAGAUGCGCGCCGGCCUGGUCUACUGGCUGCCAUGCGUCAACUUCGUGCUGGCGUGGGUGGUGUGGGCGAUGGAGAGGCGAUAG